ACGAAGGCUGUGGGUUUAAACUUCUGCUAGUGCGGCGACAGCUGCAGCUGCAGUGUUACAAGGUUCUAGCUGCGUGCUGGCAGAACAUUGCCCUGCAGUAAAUGAGCUCGUAUUGUGAUUUCCGGAAAACGAUACAUUUUUAAAACGUCAAAUAAUUAUGAGAAAUUCAGUGUUUCUAGUAAUUAAUGCGCUACUGAUGGAACUGACAUGCGGAGAACUGGUGCCGCUGCUUCCUUCAGGAUAUUCGGCUUUAAGAAGUGAUGUGCCAUGCUAUGUGAUUGUUGCGCCUAAUGUAAUUCGUCCUGCAACUCUGUAUGGAGUCACAGUAACUAUAUUGGACAACUUGGGAAUGGACCAUCCAUUCAUUUCUGUGAGGAUAGAGUUAAAAAAAGACAAGGUGGAAAUUACUUCAGCUACACAAAAUAUCCCUGUUUCAAGCACUCAGACUCUAUUUAUGCAGAUACCUCCAUCGAGUACAGCAGGUCACUACACACUGAAGGUAGAAGGAAACUACCCACACACCCAUGGAGGAACUGUGUUCAUGAAUGAAACGGAGGUCGUUUUCUCUCCUCAGUUUCUCUCGAUAGUUAUACAGACUAGUCGUCCAGUUUAUAAAGCAGGACAAGUUGUUCACUUCCGAGUGCUGCUUCUUACAACUGAGUUGAAACCAUUUGAAGACUCAGCAAAUGUUUAUAUCUUGAAUUCUGAUGGUUUAAUCAUGAGAAGAUGGGUUUCAAUUCAGAUAAACAAUGGUGUCAUAAGUCACAAAUUUACUUUGCCGCAGCUUAUAAAUGAUGGCUUUUGGAAGAUUCGUGUUGAAGCUUUGGGUCAGAUAGAAGAUCAGAAUAUUAGAGUAGAAAACUAUUUCAGUCCUUUGUUCGAGGUACAUGUCUCCUUGCCAGCAUACACCUUGGACACAGAGAAGUAUGUUAGUGCUAGCAUUUCUGCUCGCUCAGCAAUGGAAAGAAUAGCUAGAGGCAAUGCAACAUUUAGGAUGUAUGGCAAAUAUUUAAAGCAAAAUGACAGUCAGAAGCUGAUUUGGGAAGAUAAAACAUCUAUGAAAAAUGGAAAACAUGAUGUGCUGAUACCUAUGGAUCUUGUGGAAAGUAUUUUGGGUUCUCUGAAAGGCAUAGUGUUACGUUUGGAAGCAGAAGUCACAGAAUACCUGUAUGGGGAGACAAUGAUGGGCUUCAGCCACACACGCAUCAUCAGUGGUUUAAUUAACUUGUAUUUCCUUGGAGCAUCACCAAUGAUCUUCAAACCAGGAAUGUUGUUUGAAGGGCAUGUGAUUGUUGCAUACAGUGAUGGUGAGCGUCUCUCUGGUGAGACAUUGGCUCAGUCAACAUUAAGAAUUGAGAUUCUUGCUCAGUUUGAGAGUGGCAGUACUGUCAGUCUUCCUGAUAUAGUGGCUCUGCCAGUGCAAAAACAGUUUAUAUCAACUGAUUUAGAAGAUAAUGAAUGGAACGGUGGCAGGAGUUAUGGAACCGAAUAUGCUGAUGUUCUUUCAAUGGAACGAUACUGGGAGGAAGGAAUUUUGUACUUCAAAUUUGAUGUUCCACCCAAAGUAUCAGAGUUAACUCUGAGAGCUUUCUAUGAAGAUGCAGAGGGAGGUAAUGUGCAGGCUAAAAUGAAAGCCACUCAACAUUACUCUCCAAACAAGAAAUAUAUGAGUGUACGAUCAAGCUCCACUAAUGCAGAAGUAGGGGAAUUUGCUGUGUUCCAUGUGAAGACAAAUUUUAUUCUUCAGUCUUUUCAGUAUGUGGUACUUACUAAAGGUCUUCUCUUGUUUGCUGACAAGCAGACUGUGGAAAGUCCUGGUUCUACAACUACUUUUGCUCUGCCCAUAGACCAAAAUAUGGCCCCAGGCUUCACACUUCUUGUUUACCAUGUGACACUGCAUGCAGAACUUAUUGCAGACAGUAUGUUUAUUCCAGUCAUAGGUUUUAAUGGGUAUGAGAUAACUCUUGAAGUGAAUCAGGGCAAAGACCAUACGAAAAAGACAGCACAAGCUAUAAUGACUGCCAAUGCUGGAGCUUUUAUGGGAAUAAAUUCAAUGAGAAGCACUUUGUAUUUCAUGCAAGCGGGGAAUGAUAUUAGCAGAUCUCGUAUCACAGAGAGCUUCUUUGCAUUUGAAAACUUCACAAGAUCAGAACCAAAAGUAAAGUGGAGAUCAAGGCAAGGCUUAAUUCCUGAUGAGGUCUCAUAUUUUCCAAGCAUGAGCUAUGGACUGAAUAGCUAUGAGACAUUAAGAUUUUCUGGUGUAGUUGUUUUAACAGAUGCAUACUUACCAAUUAGAGAAUUAGCUGAUACUUGUAGAGGAAAGGAAGGUUAUAAACCAUGUUUUAGUGAAGGAUGCUUCUUGACAAUUAAGAUGUGUGAUGGCUAUAAUGACUGUGAAGAUUGGUCUGAUGAAAGUGACUGUUCUUUGCAAGAUGAUGACCAAUAUAAAUACAGGAUUUUGAGAAUGAGUCGAUCUGAUGAGAUGUAUGAUACUGCAGGUAAUGACUGGGGUUGGAAGGAGAUGAAUGGAGAGUUUGGAGGGGAGGAGUUUUUCACAAUGGACAUGCCAGCUGUCACAGAUGAAUGGUACUUCACUGGUUUCACUCUUGGCAGAGUUCGAGGCUUCACCACAAUUGACACGCCAAUUGCAUUUUCCAGUACUCGGCCAUUUAUGAUGCACAUUGAAGGCCCAACUGUGUGUCAUCAUGGUGAACAGAUUGGCUUGAGGCUGUUGCUUUUGAACAAUGAGCCAUAUGAGAUGUUUGUUGUUUUGACUCUUCAUGCCUCCCCACAGUAUAAAUUUGUUCACGUGGAAGAAGGAGGCAUUGUCACAAGUUAUGGGGCAAGGCUUUCAGGAGGAGAUCACCAGCAUCUUGUUUACUUACCUGCUGGAGAACAGUUACAUGUCGAUAUGCCUGUGGCUCCUGUGGUGAAGCAAGGAGACGUUGCAGUAACUAUUUCAGCCAUGACUCAAGUUGGCGGAAGUAAACUUGUCCACAAUAUUACUGUACUUGGUGAAGGUGCAAUGAUAAAUAAACACACUGCAGUGUAUUUGGAUUUAAAAAAUAAAGCACUUGUUCUGCAGUAUCUGGAUAUAUAUGUGGAGGAAUCCCCCAUAAUUCCAUACCAGUCAUGGAGACGCUAUGUUUAUGGAAGCACUAGUGGUUACAUUACAGUUACUGGUGACAUAAUAGGACCAGCUUUUCCUGCAGUGCCUCUCACAGCUGGAGUUGUGUUAAGGAGAGAACUUAAGGGUACAGAUGGAAGAAUAUUUGAACUUGCAGUUAAUAUAUGGACCCUUCACUAUCUCCGCCUCACGAAUCAGUUGAAAUGGGAUAUUUCAAAACAGGUGCUUGAAGAGGUGAAUGUGAUAUUUGCUCAAGUAAUGAAACGAUUUGAUAAGAAAGGCUGGUUUAAGAAUUGGGACACUUCGCAACCAAGUGUCUGGCUCACAUCAUGGGUUAUCCGAAUUUUUAAACAUGCUUCCUUUCAAGACUGGGAAAAUUUAUUUUAUGUUGAACCACAGAUUUUUACAAGAAGUAUUGAAUGGAUUCUGCAGUUCCAAACAGAGUUGGGAAGCUUUGCAGAAACAGCAUGGUAUCAGAAUCCAUUAGAUACAAAGAUGCAGCACAAGUUUGCCACCAGGUUUAAUAAUUCAGUACAAUAUCACAACAUUACAUUGACUGCUCAUAUUCUAAUUACAAUACAUGAAGUGACACAGAUGUUGCAGGGAAGCAUUCGAACUGAGGCUGCCAAAGCAAGUAUUAAGGCUGUCAGGUACCUGGAACACCAAUUGUCUUCAUUGACUGAUCCAUAUGAAAUUGCUAUCACAACUUAUGCACUUACAUUAUGUGACAGUACUGAAAAGGAAUUUGCCUUUAAUCUUCUGCACUCUAAAAAGCUGGAAGUUGCAGAUGGUCUGCCAUAUUGGUCUAGAGUGCCAGUGCCCGCAAACAGAAUUCGAUAUGAGAAUCAGAGGCCUUUCAUUUCUCCUCGAGACUAUGAGACAGAUGUCUCCUUGGCAGUGGAAGCCACAUCAUAUGCUCUUAUGGUGUACGUUAUAAGGGACACAGACACUUUUGUUCCUGAAAAGAUUGUGAAAUGGCUGACUUCAGUUAGAAUGGGUAGCAGCGCCUUCAUCUCAACAACGGAUACAGUGAUUGCAUUACAAGCUCUGACUGAGUAUGCCUUCCGAGGUCGUCUGAAGGACAUUACAGACAUGUCCAUCACACUGGAACUCCCAAGUACUGCAGGUUUCAGGAAAACUGUACAUAUAGACAAUACAAGCUUCACCGCUAUUCAUAUAUUUGACGUUCCAAAUGUGUGGGGUCAUUUAAAUGUAAUCGCUAAAGGCAGCGGACAGGCAGUUGUACAGAUGGACAUCAGUUUUGGUGUUGAUUAUGAAGGAUUCAAGGAGUUUGCAAAAACUGAGACAUUUAACUUAGAAAUAAAAGAAUUUUAUUCCACAUUCAGAAAUAAAUCUUACAUUACUAUUCAAAGCUGUUUUCGUUGGCUCCUGGAGGAUCCUCCUAUGAGUGGUCUGUCAGUACUUGAAGUUGAACUUCCAACAGGCUACAAUAUUCUUGAAUCAGAAGCAGAAAGGCUUGUACAGUCUAGGCUGCAUCCAAAGCUAAGAGAUGCAAAAACAAAAGAAGGCAAAAUAUUUUGGUUUUUCGAGCAAAUCACACAGGACUGGACAUGUUUUAAUCACACAGUGAGGAGAUGGUAUCCUGUGGCAAACCUGUCUUUAUAUCGACAAGUUCAGCUGUACGAGUCACAUGCAAAAGAGAACUUCGUAAUGAUUCUAGUCAACUCUACACCGCUGUAUAUUCUGAACAUAUGUGAAGUGUGUGGUUCAUACCAGUGCCCAUACUGCCCUUACUACAGCCGGAUUGCUCCAUCUGCUGCCAGCAAACUUAUUACAAUACUCUCUGUGAUCACCUUGGAACUAAUGAAGAAAUUAAGGCAUUUUACAUGACAAUGAAAGUGUGAGCUGAUAUUAAUCACAACAGUGCCACACUCCAUGUGAACAAUGAGUGUCUAUAAAACUGUCAAAUUAUUUUUCUUCAUAUAUUACUUAAAACUGCUAUAUUCAAACUGACAAGGACCAUGCAAUAAUGGGUAUUUAGUUGCUGUAAAUUGAAGGGAAGAAAAGAGGGAAGCAAAAUGUCUUGUAUCAGAGCAUCAGUUUUACAAAAUGCAUUUCUAUCAUAUAAAUACAAUAAUACAUUUUUCUCAGUAA